AUGGCGCAGCCCGGUCAAAACUUCGUCUACAUUUGUAGGAAUUGUCGACGAAAUAUUUCGAGUUCGAGCUGGGCCAAAUCGGCGCGGUCAUUCAGCACCACCCGCUCGAGAUCAAAAGUAAUACCAUCUUUCAAUCAGACGUCCAAUCCCGAGUUCGAUGAUCUCCUCCUCACAUGGCGCCAAAAAGUCUUCAUGCCGGCUGCGUUGGAAAACCACCAUCGCGAUCUCAUUUACAAGGCUUCGCGGCAUGGCACUCUCACCAAGGAACCCGGAGUCACGGUAACAAUGGACGACGAUGAGAAGAUCCAGCUGGAACCAAUACAUUUUUAUGACAAGCCGAAUGUUCACAAAAGUAUCCUCAAGUUAGUAAAAUUUCUCGGACGAAACCACAACGACACAGAUUGGGACAAUCUGCCCCCAUUCCUCCAUGGAUCGGUCAUGGCCAAAAUCAAACUCCCAUCUCGGUUUUAUCAGCAAAUCACCCGCAAAGCCUGUGAAGUGGGCAAAGAGCGAAUCAUUCUACGGUGUGCAGAGAAACCGUCUGAAACGGGCGUCAAGCUCUCGCGAGAGGGCGUGGCUCGAGAGUUGAUGCUAGGCUUCCACAACCGUGCGGCUCUGGCGAAUUUCCAGGGCGGUGAACUUGAGGCAGCUUCGCGGCGAGCCGAAUAUGUUGCACGAAUGCUGGAAGAUGAAGAGCAUGGAGGUGGCAAGCUGACGAUAGGUGAAGUGGACGCGAGAAAAGAUCCGGUCGUUCUGGCGGUAUUGUUGGAACUAGCUGCAGCAAAAGCAGUCUAUGCUCAUGGUGGCCAGGACCUGGAGGGAAAAGUCGCCAACUAUGCGACCAAGCUGCUUCACCUGGGUCGCCAAAGUUUACAUUCCCACCUCGAGCGACAGAAAGAGGUAGAGAGAACAAAUCUUGCGUUGGCAGAACUGUUGCCGGUACAGAAUGCGAUGAAAUGGGCUCUGAAGAUCGAAUCUGUCAAGAAUGCGGAGUUGGGGAAGCAGUUGCAGGCUGAACUGAGUGGAUUGACCAGGGUAGUGGAGAGCACGGUGCAAAGUAUUCGGGAGAAGGCGGGAGACAAGUCAAGAAGAAGUUUGAUCAUGUAUGAUCAGCUUCGUGAGCAGGAACAGAAGACAGCUUCUUGA